AACCGGGACUAAAGGGGGGUUACGAACCGGGACUACAAAGGGUUUCUCCACCAGUGGGUACACAGGUGAUGGCCUUCGUCCACGUGCAUGUCUUGCCACGCCACUCACCUCCAACUACCAAGCUGUCUGUGAGCCCGUGACUGGGCAGAGCAGCACAGGGGCGAGACGCGCCGGCCGGCCACCUCCGGCACCGAUGGGCGCGGCGGCGGCGCACGUCCUCGUGUUCCCGAUGCCGCUGCAGGGCCACAUCAACGUCAUGCUCCACCUCGCCACCGCCCUCGCCGCCGCCGCCGGCGUCCACGUCACCUUCCUCCACACCGACCACAACCUCCACCGCCUUGGCAACGCCGCCGCCGCAACCACGGCGGGCUCGCCACGGCGCCUCCGCUUCCUGUCCGUCCCGGACGGCCUCCCCGACGACCAUCCCCGCUCCGCGAGCGACGUCCCGGUGAUGGUCGAUUCCCUCCUGGGCGCUGGCCAAGCCGCGUACCGUGCUCUGCUCGGCUCGUUGUUGGUCGGGAGCGGCGGCGCCGGCGGCUUCCCGCCGGUGACCUCCGUCGUGGCGGACGCACUUUUAACGUUCGCAAUCGACGUCGCCGAGGAGCUCGGCGUGCCCGCGCUGGCCUUCCGCACGGCGAGCGCGUCUAGCUUACUGGCGUACAUGUCCGUGCCCAGGCUCUUCGAGCUCGGUGAGCUGCCGUUCCCACCCGGCGGCGACCUCGACGAGCCGGUGCGUGGCGUUCCCGGCAUGGAGGGAUUCCUUCGCCGGCGAGAUCUCCCGAGCACCUUCCGCCGCCACGGCAACGACCACGACGUCCAUCCCAAGCUGCAAAUGCUGGUCGACCUCACCACGGGGAGCUGCAAGGCACGGGCGGUCAUACUCAACACGGCCGCGUCGCUGGAGGCGCCAGCGCUGGCGCACAUCGCGCCGCGCGUGCGCGACGUCUUCGCCGUCGGUCCACUCCACGCCAUGUCCCCCGCGCCGGCGGCGGCCACCAGCCUGUGGCGCGAGGACGACGGCUGCAUGGCGUGGCUCGACGGCCAGGCGGACCGGUCCGUCGUGUACGUCAGCCUGGGGAGCCUCACCGUCAUCUCGCCGGAGCAGUUCACGGAGUUCCUGUCCGGGCUCGUCGCCGCCGGCCACCCGUUCCUCUGGGUGCUCCGGCCGGACAUGGUCACGGCGAGGCUGCAGCACGCCGAUCUGCAAGAAGCCGUCGCGGCGGCGGCGGGGCACAGCAAGGCGCGCGUCGUGCGGUGGGCGCCGCAGCGGGACGUGCUGCGGCACCGCGCCGUGGGGUGCUUCCUGACGCACGCCGGGUGGAACUCGACGCUGGAGGCCGCCGUCGAGGGCGUGCCGACGGUGUGCUGGCCGUUCUUCGUCGACCAGCAGAUCAACAGCAGGUUCGUGGGCGGCGUGUGGGGGACGGGGCUGGACAUGAAGGACGCGUGCGACGCCGCCGUCGUGGCGAGGAUGGUGAGGGAGGCGAUGGAGUCCGGCGAGAUCAGGGCGACGGCCCAAGCGCUGGCGGAGAAGGUGAGACGGGACGUCGCCGACGGCGGCUCGUCGGCGACGGAGUUCAAGAGGCUCGUCGGCUUCCUUCAGGAGCUCGCCACGCGUAUCCAACACGCUAAUUGACCAUAGUCGGUUGGCCUCGUUAAUCAAAGCCAUUACGCACGUUGAUUGUGGUACAGUGGUUGUUGUUGUGGUCCUAGACGCGAUAUCAUGCUACAGUCGUAUGAAUAAAUGAUCAUGCUAUCAUAUGAUAAAAGACAAUAAAAGGAAGUCCACUUAAUU